AUGACUAAAUUUGACUUCGGCUUUCGAAGCCGUAGCCAGGAUGGUGAGGGUGAGGGCUGGUUUGGCAAACUACCCCAGUUCACUGUGAUCUCCCGCCCGGGGUCGUCGUUAGGGCACAGCACCCCUUCGUCUGGACUGGCAACCCCGACCGAAGAAAAGGGUCUCACCACCUUACAACCCUGCCCAGAAAUUGGUCGACUUGGCUCCUGGAGGGGAGCUUUCAUCUUGCUGGUGACUUCCGGCUCCCAAUUUCUUGAUAAUGUUUUCAUGACUAGUUCGAACAUCGCUCUAUCCUCUAUUCAAGAGGAGUUCGGAGUCUCCAGUACCGAGUUACAAUGGAUGAUCUCGGCAUACACUUUGACAUUCGGGGGUUUUUUGCUUCUCGCAGGCGUCUUGUCCGAUCGAUAUGGGAAAAAAUUGAUUCUCUGCCUCGGCCUCUUCUGGCUGUCUGUCUGGACCAUCGCUAUCGGAUUUGGCCAGUCCUUCAUCCAGCUUGCUGUCUUCCGUGGUAUCCAGGGUAUUGGUGCUGCAAUGACUGUUCCAUCGGCGAUCGGAAUCAUCAGUUCCUACUUCACUGGUGUUGACCGCACUCGGGGAUUGUCUAUCUACGCAGCAUCAGGAACCCUGGGAUUCUGCGUCGGCCUCAUCUUCGGUGGCUUCCUAACCUCAUCACUAGGUUGGCGAUAUAUCUUCUAUUUGAUAGUGACCAUCACAGGCUCGCUCGGCGUUCUAGGCGCCAUCGUCCUUCCAAAAGACAAAUUGGCUGGAAAGGAAAAGCCGAAGAUGGAUUACCUUGGAGCCCUGUUGUCUACAGCUGGCCUGAUUCUGCUUCAGUUUGUGCUUUCGAGUGGAGGUGAUUACGGCUGGGGCACCCCAUUCAUCAUCGUUCUGCUCAUCCUCGCGGUCGUCCUUUUGGUCGCUUUUACUUUCCUCGAAUGGUACAUCUCCUACCCUAUUAUGCCGUUGGAUCUAUGGAGAAUCCCGAAUUUCGCAGGGCUCUGGAUCGCAGGUUUUACCUGCUAUGGCAGCUACCAAAAUGUAAUCUAUUACAUUGUGUUGAUGGCACAACAGGUGGACAACCUGUCCGCCGGCGACACAGCCCUUCGGUUCUUACCUAUGGGCGUGAUCGGGUUCAUCGCCUCCAUGGGAACAGGGAAAGCCCUGGAAUACGUGAACGGGAAAUACACACUCAUCGCCGGGCUGGUCCUGACAGUCUUAGCGCCCGUUCCAAGCGCAUUGACUGCAACAAACUCAGAGCCGGACUUCUGGGUCAAUGUUCUUCCCACAUCCCUUAUUAGUAUCACAGCCGUAUCACUCAUUUUCGUGACAACGAGCACAACGAUCCUGACCACUGUCCCGGUUAAUGUCAAGAGUUUAUGUGGUGGCAUGCUAAACACAGCCUUCCAAAUCGGCUCCGGCGUAGCGCUCGCCAUCUCAGCCGCAGUUACAGAAGCAGUCGAUAUCAAAAAGGGCCACGGUCUUGCCCAGCAAUAUUCCACCGGCCUAUGGUGCUCUGCCGGACUAGCAGGCCUCGGACUCGUGAUUGCAAUGCUCUCCGUCCGUAGACGAGGCAUCGGCCCGGGUGAUAGAAAUGAUACACCUGUUGCGAUUUAA